AUGAUUGCGAAAUCGUUGAAUAGCGACUUAGAUCAGUUAGCGCAAUUGAAUGAGAAACUUUUGGAACGAUCUAAAGGAAGGCGAACAGAUUACAAGCUUGUUGAUUCUGAAAUUAUAAAAACUGCACCUCAGUCAGUUCCAGUUACUGUUAAGGAGCAAAUACGUGAUAUGCUCGAAUCGCGCAUUUCCAACGAUACAUCAGUAAAUUCAACCAUUCCACAACAGGAUCGAUCUGGUUAUGUUACGGAUGCUUCAUCAGCUACCUGGCAAUUCUCAUCCCAUUCAUUCUCACCUCGUUCCGUUGUUUCGGUAAAUGGCGGUGCUAAGGAUGGUUUGCUGAAAGUGCGCACCGAUCUAUCCCCAGGCCUUUGGCGUACCCUUUCCCGCUCCAAUGCUGCCGUGCAAACUGCGCACAUUGAGAGUGAGAAACAACAUUGGCCCUAUAUGCCGGCACGUUUGGGCCCCGUCACGGAUUCAGCGCAAUCCACAAUGACCCGUGAAUUCAAUGAGAAUUUCGAGAGACGCAUCGAACGUUACGCUUCGUUGCCGGCACUGGACAGUAAUACACGUGGAACAUUGAUUAAGAUUAAGGAUGAUAAACCUCGUGGCAUUAUGAAACGCCGUGAACUGGAAACUAAGGAUCAGAUGAUGUAUGCAGAAGAACCACGACAGGUAGCUCAAAAUGAUUAUUGG